UGGUGAACCAAGCAGAUGUUUUAAAACCUCCAUAAUCUGUCUGGGUUUGAGGUCGAGAGAGAUGCGAACACCUCUUCCAAAUCGAACAGAACGACGGUAGUUUAUAAAAUAAACCAGAUAAAGCACUCUUGGUGAAAAGACCUGAAUGAUGAACAUCGAGGGGGAGGAGAUGCGCAAGCCAAUCCGGCUCAUCGCAGCUGCCUGCAGGGACAUGGGCAUCGGGAAGGACGGACAGAUUCCCUGGUGUCUUCCAAAAGAAUUUCAGUUCUUACUGGAUACAAUAACAGCCGUGUCAGCACCCGGGAAGAAGAAUCUGAUUGUCUGGGGCCGAAUCUGCUGGUUCUCCUGUCCUGAGACGGUUUUUCCUUUGGCAAAUUGCAUAAAUUUGGUAUUGAGCAGAAAGAUGAUUUCAGUGCCUCCGCAUGCUGACUACCUGUGUAAGGACUUUGACUCAAUAUUUCGCCUGGUUUCUGAACCUCCUUUAUGUCACAAUGUGGAGGUCAUCUGGAUUUUAGGAGGCACAGAAGUCUAUAAGGAAAGUCUAGAGCAUCCCUGGUGUGAUCUCAUCUAUCUGACCGACAUCAUGGCCAACUUUGAAUGUGACGUGUUUUUCCCAGAGUUUGACCCCCAAAUUUUCAGGAAACAAAAAAGCUUUCCCGGAGUACCAGAUGAAAUUCUUGAGGAAAAUGGGAUUAAAUUUCAAUUUCAAGUCUUCAAGAAGGUUAAAAACUGAUUCUGAAGACUGAAGACUCUCAAACAUGAUGCAGGAUUUGAUAGAUGUUGACACAUUUUGAAACAGUUUAAUCAUAUUUUACUGGCUUUAAUACAGUUAGAGUAUAUCGGCUUAGCAGAAUCUAACAGUAUUGCACAGAAAACUUUAUCUCAAAGGCUGUGUUAGGAGCUUCAAUGGCACACUGUCAGUUUUUGGGAUCGACAAAAGCACUUACUGGAUUUAGUCUAAAAUGACUAUAAAUGCAGCUUUUAACAUGAUAUUCUGUUUGUGGUCAUCACAUAAGCCCGUGUCCACCACAAGAUAAGCAAUAGAAAGGGUAAUUGCAACAUUUCAACUUUUAUUUAACAAUUCUGACUUUUUUAUCACAUUUUAGAGAAAAAAAUCUGAAAUGUGCAAUAGAAAUAACAAUUCUGGAAAAAAGAAAUCUAUUUAUACAGUAUCCUUUGGUUCUUGGUUAAUAUUCAUUCAUUGUGAGAAUGUCAGAAUUGUGACUUGUGAAUUUACAUUUCAGUUGCAAAUGUAAAAAUUAGUUUUAAGUAAAAGGUAUUAAGUCACAAGUCUGUCUGAAGAAAGCAUAUAUAUAUACACACA